AUGACGGACAAGGUAGAUAAUGAUGACGGAUUUGUUGAUGAGGUUGAGUUGUUGGACAAGAAAGAGUGGGCCACACUAAACAAAGAGAUUAGACCAGUCAAAUUAGCACUUGUCAAAGUGCGCAAGCUCACAUACAAGAUCAUACAUUUGACUACUAUCAUCCUUCACGCAUGGUAUGCCAUCCUCAAGGACUUGUCGGAACCCCAAACCCUCAUGCCACAUGAUGUGGCCACACGGUGGAAUUCAAUGUUUGAUAUGUUGAACUACGCACUUGAACAUCAUGAGGCCAUAGAUACCGUUACGCAACGGCGAGACUUGGGUUGA